UCGAACCCUGACCUCCUGGUUCACAGGUCGACGCUCGACCACUGAGCCACGCCGGCCGCGGGGACAGUGUCUGAAUUCUUGAUGCUACUGCAAAGUCGCUAGGUUCAUGGGAACGUGAGAGGAUUUCAGGGUAUUUAGAUGAACCUGUGCCCCCCAACGCCCUCACAAAGACCCCCACAAAGCUCACUCAGGUGUUGGGGAGCCUGUGCCCCCCAGAGACCCCCACAAAGCUCACUCGGGUGUUGGGGAGCCUGUGCCCCCCCAGAGACCCCCACAAAGCUCUCUCAGGUGUCGGGGAGCCUGUGCCCCCCCAGAGGCCCCCACAAAGCUCACUCAGGUGUUGGGGAGCCUGUGUCCCCCAGAGGCCCCCACAAAGCUCUCUCGGGUGUCGGGGAGCCGCUCUGCCCCCCCAGAGACCCCCACAAAGCUCUCUCAGGUGUCGGGGAGCCUGUGCCCCCCCAGAGGCCCCCACAAAGCUCACUCAGGUGUUGGGGAGCCGCUCUGCCCCCCCAGAGACCCCCACAAAGCUCUCUCAGGUGUCGGGGAGCCUGUGCCCCCCCAGAGGCCCCCACAAAGCUCACUCAGGUGUUGGGGAGCCGCUCUGCCCCCCCAGAGACCCCCACAAAGCUCUCUCAGGUGUCGGGGAGCCUGUGCCCCCCCAGAGGCCCCCACAAAGCUCACUCAGGUGUUGGGGAGCCGCUCUGCCCCCCCAGAGACCCCCACAAAGCUCUCUCAGGUGUCGGGGAGCCUGUGCCCCCCCAGAGGCCCCCACAAAGCUCACUCAGGUGUUGGGGAGCCGCUCUGCCCCCCCAGAGACCCCCACAAAGCUCUCUCAGGUGUCGGGGAGCCUGUGCCCCCCCAGAGGCCCCCACAAAGCUCACUCAGGUGUUGGGGAGCCGCUCUGCCCCCCCAGAGACCCCCACAAAGCUCUCUCAGGUGUCGGGGAGCCUGUGCCCCCCCAGAGGCCCCCACAAAGCUCACUCAGGUGUUGGGGAGCCGCUCUGCCCCCCCAGAGACCCCCACAAAGCUCUCUCAGGUGUCGGGGAGCCUGUGCCCCCCCAGAGGCCCCCACAAAGCUCACUCAGGUGUUGGGGAGCCGCUCUGCCCCCCCAGAGACCCCCACAAAGCUCUCUCAGGUGUCGGGGAGCCUGUGCCCCCCCAGAGGCCCCCACAAAGCUCACUCAGGUGUUGGGGAGCCGCUCUGCCCCCCCAGAGACCCCCACAAAGCUCUCUCAGGUGUCGGGGAGCCUGUGCCCCCCCAGAGGCCCCCACAAAGCUCACUCAGGUGUUGGGGAGCCGCUCUGCCCCCCCAGAGACCCCCACAAAGCUCUCUCAGGUGUCGGGGAGCCUGUGCCCCCCCAGAGGCCCCCACAAAGCUCACUCAGGUGUUGGGGAGCCGCUCUGCCCCCCCAGAGACCCCCACAAAGCUCUCUCAGGUGUUGGGGAGCCUGUGCCCCCCAGAGACCCCCACAAAGCUCUCUCGGGUGUCACCCAUGGGCCCCGUGUGCCCUCCUGCGGCCUGGCCACCGCCCGGUCUGACGCCUCUCUCUCCCCCCGCCCCCCCGCCCGCUUCCUG